AUGGGCAGGUUGUUGCUGUGGAUUGGGCUGGUUCUUGUGCUGAAACAGCGCGAUGGUGCUGCUCACAAACUGGUGUGUUAUUUUACCAGCUGGGCACAGGGUCGCCCCAGCCCUGCCUCCAUCUUGCCCCGGGACCUGGACCCCUUUCUCUGCACCCACCUGAUAUUUGCCUUUGCCUCAAUGAACAACAAUCAGAUUGUUGCUAAGGAUCCCCAGGAUGAGAAAAUUAUCUACCCAGAGUUCAACAAGCUCAAGCAGAGGAACAGGGAGCUGAGAACACUGCUGUCCAUUGGUGGGUGGAACUUUGGCACAUCCAGGUUCACCACUAUGCUGUCCACAUUAUCCAACCGGGAAAGGUUUAUUGGUUCGGUUGUAUCCCUACUGAGGAGACAUAAGUUUGAUGGUCUGGACCUCUUCUUCUUGUACCCUGGACUGAGAGGCAGCCCCAAGAGUGACCGGUGGACUUUUCUCCUCUUAAUUGAAGAGCUCCUGUUUGCCUUCCAGCAGGAGGCCACGCUCACCAUGCGUCCGCGGUUGCUGCUUUCUGCGGCUGUCUCUGGGGAUCCGCACAUCAUCCAAACAGCUUAUGAUGUGCGCCUUCUGGGAAGACUCCUGGAUUUCAUCAACGUCUUGUCUUAUGACUUUCAUGGAAGUUGGGAAAAGUUCACAGGGCACAAUAGCCCCCUGUUCUCUCUGUCUGGAGACCCCAGCUCUUCGGCAUAUGCCAUGAAUUACUGGCGUAAGCUGGGGGCACCCCCAGAGAAGCUCCUCAUGGGAUUCCCCACCUACGGACGUACCUUUCGCCUUCUCAAAGCCUCUAAGAAUGGACUGCAGGCCAAAGCUGUGGGACCUGCGUCUCCGGGAAAGUACACCAAGCAAGCUGGCUUCUUGGCUUAUUAUGAGAUAUGCUCCUUUCUCCAGAGAGCAACAAAGCGCUGGAUUGAUUUUCAGCAUGUUCCAUAUGCCUACAAGGGGAAGGAGUGGGUUGGCUAUGAUGAUGCCACCAGCUUCAAUUACAAGGCAAUGUUCAUAAAGAGAGAGCAUUUUGGGGGAGCCAUGGUGUGGACGUUGGACCUGGAUGACGCCAAGGGCGCUUUCUGUGGCACUGGCCCUUUCCCCCUUGUCAAGAAGUUGAAUAGUCUCCUGGUGCAGACUGAGGUCAGCUCAACUCCUUCACCAAAAUUUUGGCUCUCAACUGCUAUGAAUUCUGAAAGACCAACUAUAACCAAAGCGUUGACCACUGACAUGAGGAUUUCAUUCCCAGGAGGAAAGUCUCCGACCAUUAAUUCCCGUAGUAAGUCUCAAAAUAUGACUACAAGGCCCAGAGGUGGGAUUGUGACCCCUAAGAGGGAAACUAAGUCCUUUGGAAAGCCCACUGUAGCUCUGGAAGGGAGGACUGAGACUCUUGGAGAGACCAUGACCCAUGGAGAGACGACUAUGAUUCCUAAUGAUCGUUGGACCUCUAAAGGGAAGAUCAUGCCCCUUGGAAAGAGGGCUGUAGUCCCUGAAAUGAUGACUGUCCCCUCUGGAAAGAUGACAGUCACUCCUGAUGGGCAGACUCUAGAAGAGAAUUUGACUUCUGAGGUGGACACUGAUCCCCUGUUGGAUUAUAUUGUUCUUCAGAUGGAAGCCGAAAGCAGGAGGCCAUCCUCAGGGCCUGUCAUAGCCCCAGGACACAUUCCUCCUGCUUUUGACAACCCCGGUGUUCCCAUUAAUGGAAAUGAUUCCUCUGUCAACUCGAUGACCCUUCCAACAAGCGCUCUUUCUCUAAAAAAAGAAAACCCGGAAAAUUCUGCUGUGGGUCAAGGAGCCUAA